AUGUCAAGUAAUAAUAAUUUGAAUGAGCAGGAGGAAAUAUUGUUUUUCUAUGAAGAUCCCAAAUUUUUUGAUGAGAACAAUUUAUAUCAAGUAAAUCGAGCACCCUGGUUUUAUCAUCUGGUUAAUGUGCUGGGAUUAAGAAAGGACGAUUUUAUGGAAAUAAAACAUAUAGUAGAAGAUAAAAAGAAAAACAUAUUGAAUCUUAUUAAUUAUAAAUCAUAUACCGACAACUAUUUAAAAAAAAAUGAUACGAUGAAAAAUAUGUUAUGCGCUUAUCUAUAUUCUUGUAAAAAAUCAUUAUAUGAAUAUUCUAAAAAUAUAAAUUCUGAACAAAAUAUUCAUUUUGUUUUUACCUUUGGAAAUAUAACAGCAGAUUUGGAUUCUGUGUGCUCAUCUAUCAUUUAUAGUUUUUUUUUAUUCAUAUGGUACUCAUUAAAGACAAAUUUAAUUGGGAAGAAAAAAGAUGACCCCAUAAUGUUUUUUAUACCUGUUAUUAAUAUUAAGAAGAAUGAUAUGAAACUUAAAAUAUUGAUUAUAUGGUGGUUGGAAAAGUGUGGGAUUGAAAAUCCUGAGGAGCUUUUAAUUUUUAACGAUGACCUAAAUUUAUUAGAAGUUUUAAAAAAUGAAACUAAGUAUGACGUCUGUUUGGUCGAUUUUAACAAGUCAGAAAAUAAUUGUGUAUACAAUGUAAAUAAUGUAAAAUCUAUUAUCGACCAUCACAUAUUAAAAGAAGAAUUAAAAAAUAGGAAAAUAACAAAAUCGGUGUUUCCAAUAUAUGUGUGCAGCUGUAUGGUUAUAAUAGCUUAUUUUUAUAAAUAUUCGAGUGAAUUUCUUGGAGUUUCUCUUUUGAAUAGAGAUAUAAUGUGGUUAAUAUAUGGAACAAUGUUAAAAGAUUCUAAUAAUUUUCCAAAACAUGAAUUUUGUAAAAGAUGGAUACAAACAGAUUUAAAUAUAUAUUUAUCUAUGAAGAAAUAUUUUAGAAUACCUGAUAUAAUGGAUAUAUAUAUCACUCAGAAAUUUAAUAACAUCAGAUUUUCAAUUGACUUAAAAAAAUUUGGAAUAGAGAAUUUAUUAUUUGUUGAUUACAAGGAUUAUAAUUAUGACAUCCAAGGAAAAAAAUUCACAAUAAGAAUUUGUUCCUUAGAUUUUAGUGUUGAAUCUAUUUUAUAUCAUGAAAAUGUAGACAAAUUAGUGAAUAAAAUGUGUGAACUUUGUGAGGAAAAUAAAUUUGCUGCUUUUAUUUUGAUGGGCUCAUAUAUGAUUAAAUAUGUUUACCAGAAAGAUAUGGGAUUACUUUUUUUCAAUGAAGAUAUAGCAAAAGAUAAACUCCUUAUGGCUUUAAAAGCAAACCAGGACAUAAACAUUUGUGAAAAAGGAUUUAAAAAAAUAACAUGGAAAAAUGAAGCAAUGAAUAUGGACCUUUUGCAAAUUAAUAAUACAAGUUAUUCGAGAAAAAGACUGGAAUGUUUUUUAAGUUACUAUUUCUCUAAUGUAUGA